CGCCUGUUCGACCUCGAUGCGUCUGAGCGCGCGACCAUGGCCAACGACAUGCCGUCCUGGAGACCCAUUUCCUCCAAGCUCGCAAACUUCAAGUCCUAUCUGAACCCCAGAGAUUCGAGCUCAUCGUCUCGAGCAGCCCGCCCGAGGCAGCUGCAGGAGGCACCGCGCACCCAGUCGUGGGGUCAGUGGGCCGGGGAGAAACUGAAGGGGAUCAGUGGCAGCGAAGGAAGCAACUCUGGAAACCAUAGACUUUCGUUGUUCCCGGGAUGGGCCGCCCGGAGGUAUCAACGAGUGACGGACAAUCUUCGUGAAGACCCAUUCGAUGUCGAUCUUUUCGUGUCGGGCUUCGCCGUCAGUUACACCUCUCCCGAAAACGCCUCAAGGUCACAGAAGGCAUUUAUAAGACUUGCGAAAGGAUUCGCCAACCUGCCGAAGAUCGCAGGAACGAUAUCUCCGACCAACCCGUCACCUCCGUUCCAGCGCCUUUCUCCAUCAACCGAAGAGCUGCUGAAACAGAUCCACCUCCCACCACGGCCAACAGAAAUCACUGAAGAAUCCGAGGUUCAAGCCCUGGAAGAUCACUUUCGCAAUCUCGAUUUCGACACUAUUUCCACAGGAAGCGAUACGUCCUCGAUGAUGUCCCGUUCCUCCUCCUCGUCAUCCGCCAUAUCAAGCUCGCCAUCCACUCUCUCAGAACCCUCGGGAUACGCCGUAUCCCCCGGUGGAUUUAAAAGUUCGUUGCAUCAACUCCACUUCAACCUCGAGCAGCGACUUCAGCCUUUCUGGUCCUCCACCUUGCCUAAUCGACCCGUCCGUCUUACGCUCUUCACCGGCCCUUGUUCCCAAGACCAUCCUGAAGCGGACCAACGUGGUCACAAGCCGCUUGCUGUCCAGAAGGUCAAGACGGCUGCAGAUGGCUCGUUUCAAUGGCGGUUCUCUGUACCCUACGAGCGGAUGUGCACGCAUCCCGGUGCUCUCGAAGUGGUCUUCGGCGAUCCGACGGUAGAGCACAACUUUUACGUAUUGGCGGAGCUCCUUCCGCCGCCACCGCCUGAGCAGGUUCCGACCACUUAUGCUGCCCGUCAGCCUCCCCAACACGUGCACGCUUCCUCGGAGCCGACUGCAAAAGCGCAAAUCCAAAUACCGUUGUCGCACUGCCCUGUGCGUGUGAUAUCGGACAUUGACGAUACAGUCAAGAUGUCCAGUAUCAUCAGCGGGGCCCGCGCGAUAUUUCAUAACGUCUUCGUCAAAGACCUCAAGGACCUCAUCAUACCGGGCAUGGGCGAGUGGUACACAUGGAUGUGGAAGCGCGGUGUGCGGUUUCACUACGUUUCCAAUGGGCCGUUUGAGCUCUUGCCUGUCCUCUCCGAGUUCUUCCAGAUCUCAUCGCUGCCCCCGGGCUCAGUCAAGCUCAAGUCUUACGCGGGACGUUCACUGUUCAACGGUCUCUUAUCUGCGCCCGCGCAGCGCAAGCGAGCGGGCGUCGCGGAGAUCCUCGACAACUUCUGCGACUCGCGGUUCUUCCUCGUAGGCGACUCGGGCGAGCAAGACCUCGAGCUUUACGCGACCAUGGCCGCAGACCGUCCGGAUCAGAUUCUGGCUAUCUUCAUUCGUGACGUGAACCAAUACGACGAAGGCGUUACCGGCCUCGAUGAUCCGAGGGGCACGCGGCCGACGAGUGUGAGCGUUGGCGUACCUGCAACCCCGCGGGGUGGCAAAUUGGCUGCCCCAGUACGAACGCUGCGCAAUCCAAAACGCGCGAUGUCGGAAUUACUGACCCCUACGACUCCGCGAGAGAGGACGUCGAGUUAUCUCAUACCAGGGCGCUCGCACUCAAGGCCUCCUUCGAUUGCCAGCGCACCGAGCACUCCGACGGACUAUUUUUCCAGCAACCUCCAUUCAGACUCUAUUUCCGCCUCUCCGAGCCCAAUCGGUAUGCCGGAGUCCCCUGCAUCUAGUCACAACGAGCUACCCGACGCCCAUGAUCCAUAUGCAGAUCCGGAGGCGACGCCAAUGCCGGAUCAUGUCACGACGUUUGCUCCGAACGAUGUUACGAUACCCGGAGCUGGGCGCGCACCACAGGGACUGAGCGUCAACGAGCGGAGGAGGUUUGAGCUUCAGCAACGCGUGUACAAGGCGCGAGCGAUCGUCCCUCCGCAUAUACCCAUACGAGUCUUCCGAGAGCCGCAAGAAUGCGUGGAGGCCGCGGAUAUGUUGGAUAAGCUGUUUGUAGGCACACAACCCGAGAUCACAGGCGGAUCCCAGGUGUAUGGGCCAUAAUGCUUCCGGGAGGCAUGCACAUACGGGACACAGAUAGGCGCAGACUGUACAAGGAUAUAAUUAAUCAAGGAGAGUAGGCAAACAGUACGAUAGGUGCAUCUUGUCAUGAUGACGCGAGUUUGGACUUAGCGGACAGCUUGGCUUCCCGAGCCUUUUGUAUCGAUGCUGUGAUUUCUGCCAUGAACUGAUUCAUCUCCGUGUUGUUGGGCUCAAACGCGAGGCCGAGCGCGAUAGAGUCCCGUGCGCCUUCGAGGUCACCGAGCGCCACGAGCGCCUUGGCCUUGCGGAAGUGGCCCUUGCUCCAAUUCCGCUUCAGCUGGACGACCGUCUCGGCAUCAACGAGCGCGCUGAUGGGGUCUCCGGACUCGAGAUACGCAGCCGAGCGGUUGGAAAUCACAGCGGAAAGUUCCUCGCGCAUAAUCUGCUGGGCUUCCCAUGGCGCGCGGCUGCAGGCAAGACUCGCUGCCAUGGUGUAUUUCACUAAGGCCUUUUCAUGCUGACCUGCUUUGAAGAGGGCGUUGCCCUCUUCUUUGGUUACGUUGACCGCCUGGGACAGUUUCUGGUUCACAAUCUUCGCAGGAGGGGGACAUAGCAGGUUCGGGUUCAAGAAGAGGACCUUGCUCAACCGGUUGAGCUCCUUGAAGUCAAGGUCGCAGUCCGUGCACUUCUCGACGGAGUGCUUGGCGCAGAGCACGGAGGGACUAUUGACAUCGCCACCGAUGCUGAGGUCGACGGGAUGAAAGGACUGGUCGAUGAUGGCCUGCAUGACUGGGUCUGGCGGCGGGGGCACCAUUUGGGGAGCCUGUUGAGGCUGAGCUGGUGGUUGCGGGCCAUGAGAAUGCGUGUGGGCUUCGCCCGGUGCAUGCGUAUGUGAGUGGGACAUCGAGACAGAAGAUUAUGGACUGUCCAGGCGAGAAAUUAAUGGGCAAGCAGGUCACACUGGCAAGUGCGUAUCAAACAGUAAUGCACGUCCUUGACUAGAGGGUGAUCAAUGACAAUGCCGACGUCUCUUGCGCGUUCGUUGGAGGAUAUAGAGACACGUAUACGGUGCUUCACUU